CUAGGGAUAAAUAUGGAUUUCGAUAAAGGUUUACACACAAAUAACAAAUACCACUCGCUUGUUGACAGUCUUCUGUUUGUGGAUGCUGUGCCUGUGGAGUUAGAAUCUAGGAUCCGCGAGUUAGUGUGCGAGGAGAAGCGCAGGAUUCUUGAUGAGUGCAAUGGCCAUGAGUCAGAUGUAUUGAAUAAAUACAUAGAACCACUGGGAGCAGUUCCCGACUGCUCAUCAUCAGGUCAUAUGUAUCAUGAAGCUGUGGAUCACUGUGCUAGGGGCGAGCAUAUCCAGGCUCUGGAUCUAGAGAAAUAUUCUGGUUUUAGCCAUUUAGAUGACAUUGACGAAAGGAAGGGGCAUAUUUCAGUAUUGAGUGAAUAUGCCCAAGGGGCUUUGUUGAACCUUGAGCUUAUGGAUCGUUAUAAGGAAUCGGUUUGGUUGCGUCAUUUGGAUGAUUUGACUGAUCUAAAACAAAGGAUGAGUACAGAGCAAUCUCGGCUGGAAUGUGCCAUUGAAGCAAUGAACAAGGCUCGAAAACUAUCUAACAUUGAAUGGGCUAGUCGUAUACGUUCGUUAUCGCAGGAGUAUGAUGAUUAUCAAAAGAAGAAUCGUGAGUUGUUGGUAGCUAUAGAGCGGUUGCAGAAUGGAGUAGCUUUAUCUACUGGAUGAUAAUGUGCUAGCGUUGGGAAAGUCAAUUUGAUUUGUCAAGAUGUGGUUGAUAUUCAUGAGGUUUUUUGCCGGAAGAACAGCUGGCUUUUGUAUGAUCAUUGUGGUAGACAUGUUGUUAUUUCUAUCGGUUUACACGUCAAGUUGCGUCUUAUCGUAUCAAGUAUGCAUUACAUGGUACCAUCACAAACCCGAGGUACUAGGUUAGCAGGUAUCUUCGAUAACGGGUUCCAAUUGUUAUCACAAAGUGAUCUAUGAUUGCUCUUGUUCAGAGUAUCUUAUAGGUAUUGCGAUUUGCAACAUCUAUACUUAAAGAGGUGAUACUUCUGUUGUGAUCCACCGACCAUGGGAUGACCUGUUUUGGGGAUUUAAGUAGUCCGUGUACUGGGUGCUCUAAAAUGAUGCAUAUAAGUAUAUAC